CAAGCCUGUGUGGCAUGGGCGCUCUAUGCUCUAAUUUCGAACCUGACAUCCUCCGACACUCCAGGUUCGGAACGCAGUUGGCAGUUCUGGCUGAAGGUUUUUGUUGUCCUCGUUGGCAUGUUCAGUGUCGGUGUUUUUGCCUACGUUCAGGCGCGCUACUGCUGUGAUAUAUGCCAACGUUGGUGUCGGUUGAACCGCGUCUGUGUGGUGCAAGAACCGUCCAAGGAACGAAUUGCAAAGAUGCGGAUGGAGCAGCGCUUACCGACCAGUAGAUUCUGCGUAGUUAAUGAAGUUGACACCUUCACUGCAAUGCCUUAA